AUGCUCUACUCACCGGACGGUCAGGCGAUUCAACUACGGGGAUCACCUGGGCCACCUGGACCGCCGGGCACAAAAGGCGCUCGUGGAUAUCCUGGUUUUCCGGGAAGCCCUGGAGUCAAAGGAGAACGCGGUGAUCGAGGUCCUGUUGGACCACCCGGUUAUCCGGGACCGAAAGGUGACCGUGGUGGCCCUAUUCACGGUCAGAUACAGGUUGGCUCUGCUAUGCCGAACUCACCGCUAAUGAUCCAAGGACCACCUGGGCCACCAGGUCCUCCUGGUCCAAUGGGUCCCGUCGGUCCCGAAGGAAAACCCGGAAUAAAGGGUGAUCGUGGUCUUCCUGGUUUCGACGGAGAAAGCAAGGUCGGACCAAAAGGAGAACAUGGCGAACCGGGACGUGAUGGCAUCCCAGGCCUCCGUGGACCUCAAGGUGAACGUGGAGAAAAGGGUGAACCCGGAGCUCCGGCUGCGUAUAGCCAUCAUCGCCAUGCCCAAGCUCAUGUGAUUCCUGGCCCACCUGGACCUCCAGGGCCACCAGGAUUACCAGGAGCACCUGCACCUCCAGCACCGCCAGCAAUCUGUCCUCCAGGACCACCUGGUGCUCGCGGACAGGACGGACGACACGGACCACGUGGGCCACAGGGCGAGAAAGGCGAUCGAGGUGAACCGGGAGUUGCAGGACCUCGAGGACUUCCUGGAAUACCUGGAGGAGCGGCUGUUUCCGGAGGAAAGGUCGUAAUGGGACCACCCGGACCGCCAGGUAGAGAUGGAGUGAACGGCGAGAAAGGAGAAAAGGGUGAAAUGGGAGCGCCGGGUCCAAUGGGACCACCAGGUCCCGAAGGAAUGUCCGGCAAGAGAGGACGACGAGUAAGCAUAACUAUUCUUAACUUCGUAGCGAAUAGGCCACCAGGAUUACCAGGAGCACCUGCACCUCCAGCACCGCCAGCAAUCUGUCCUCCAGGACCACCUGGUGCUCGCGGACAGGACGGACGACACGGACCACGUGGGCCACAGGGCGAGAAAGGCGAUCGAGGUGAACCGGGAGUUGCAGGACCUCGAGGACUUCCUGGAAUACCUGGAGGAGCGGCUGUUUCCGGAGGAAAGGUCGUAAUGGGACCACCCGGACCGCCAGGUAGAGAUGGAGUGAACGGCGAGAAAGGAGAAAAGGGUGAAAUGGGAGCGCCGGGUCCAAUGGGACCACCAGGUCCCGAAGGAAUGUCCGGCAAGAGAGGACGACGAUGUUGUAUGGUGGUGGUGUUGAGUUGUGGGUGUGUGAUUUUAACAUCAACAGCCGCUUGGGGAAACCUGGAGAGCCAGGAGUAUGUAAUCAAACUUGUCCUGCUUCGGGGGGACUGCAAGAUCCGGAAUCUCUCGUUCGAGAUCUGCUUGCCAGUUAUUAGGCGAGAACUAAAGGAAAUCCGUAUCAAACACGGCUACCCAGGACCGCCAGGACAGCCUGGGCCACAGGGACCUCCUGGGCAGCCUGGGCAGAUCGGACCAGCCGGACCACGGGGACCGCAAGGUCUACCGGGUCACGCCGGCGAAAAGGGUGAUCGAGGAGAAAUCGGACCACCAGGAUUGCCAGGACAACCGGGUCAAAUGGUCGAAGUGCCAACAUCAGGCACUGUAGCCGUCAUGCCAGGACCUAUUGGCCCACCUGGACUUCCGGGACCACCUGGAGAGAAAGGAGAGCCUGGAGGCCCAGGACUUCCUGGACAACCUGGGUCUCUCGGAUUGCCGGGACCACCCGGACCGAUGGGCCUGCGAGGAUCACCAGGAGUUGAAGGACGACCGGGCAAACAAGGACCAAUUGGACCAAAAGGCGAUCCAGGAGUAAUGGGACCACAAGGAGUGCCUGGUCAUCCAGGAGCCCCUGGAGAACGAGGAGCAGAUGGCAAAGACGGUAUGCGAGGAGAGAAAGGCGAUCAGGGCAUACCAGGUCUGGAUGCGCCAUGUCCCACAGGUCCAGAUGGACUACCUCUACCGUACUGUUCUUGGAAGCCAAUGGAUGGCAACGUACGAGUGGACUAUGGGGCAAGAACGGGGACAACUGGGAACGGCUAUGAUGGCAUACGCUACGAAGAGCUGUCUCCAGACGUUUGGAAACCAUCGUCAUCUUGA